GGCUCCGCACGCGAGUUACUGUAUCAUUACUGUAUUACUGUUACUGUAUCGUGAACAACAAUCAUGGUGCUCGCAGACUUCCUAACUGAAACCAGGAGAAAAUGGUUGCAGGCGUUCAAGUUAUUCAAGAGCAAGAAGAGCAGAAAGAGCGCCCGGAACCGAGUCUCCCCCGCUCUGGACCGCUCCUUCAACGGCACAGUGGACGCGCGACCCGAGAUAGACGUACACCGCUUCUGUCCCUGUCGCACCUCCCUGCCCCACGAGGACUCGUACUCCAGCAGCAUCAGCGGCGAGUACAACAGCAUCAGCCGCGAGUCCAACUCCUGCAUCAGCCGAGAGUCCAACUCCCGGAUCAGCUACAGCCGCGAGUCCCAUCCGGACUCCGCGUACGAGUCUGACCGGGGAAGCCCCGCGAGGGUCUGCUACACUGUCACCUACUUCAACGUCAACGACAGCGAGGACAGCAGCAGCAUACACACCGAGUACACGCUGCUGGACUACGACGCUGAUGCUGAGGAGGAGACCCAGAACUUCAUCAACGAGAGCAUAGAGCUGGUGAGCUCGUUAUGAGCUGUCCUGGUCGUUCGCUACUGAGCAGUUCUAGUAAUGGCUCCUAAAACUGAAUCUGGAGUUGAGGUGAUAUCUUC